AUGCUAAUAUCUGCCAGCAGUUCCGCAAAUAAUCUCGUUGAUAUUAGCAUAGAAAUUCAUGCUUUCUAUCCUUCGUUAUUAGUCUUCCGACAAACAUUACAAAGGAAAGUUGCCGGGUCACUAAAUCGUGUAAAGUUCUUUGUCCCGGGUGGAUCAGAACAGUCUGAUUCCUAUCGGUUGGUGGUUCGAGUUGAGAACGACAGUGAACCUUUUGAAGAAAUAAUACCGGGUGCACCCGAUCUAAGAAACAUUUAUUUACAGACUGACAAAACUGUUUAUAAACCAACUGAUACUGUUAAAGUACGAGCGUUACCACUCACUACAAGCGGAAAGUUGUAUGUAGGAUCAGUGGAUUUUGCGCUUCUGAAUCCGGAUGGUUUUGAACUGAUACAUAAAACCAGAUCGAAUUCUAAAACUCGAUUUCUUGCCGUAGAGUUUCAAUUGCCAGACCACUUGGCUUUUGGAGAAUGGAAGAUUGUCGCACGACCAGAUCGCCAUAAGCCUUACACCUACUCAAUUACAUUUGAAGUGCAAAAAUACGAGCUAUCACAGUUUCGCGUUCAUACCUUGGCCACAGAAACUAAUGACAUUGAUUUGUAUGAAAUAGAUGUGUUGGCAAGACAUGCUAAUGGCCGGCAAAUAUCGGGGCAAAUAACUAUUUGGUGCGAUUGUAAUGCAAACAGCAGCAAGUCAGUGAUACCGUCUGAUUCGGGAAAGUCAUUUCUGUGCAUUCUAAAAUCGUCUAAGUUGCAAUUUGUUUCGGUGUUUCUCAAGCUAUCAGGUUAA